AUGGCGCAAGCAAGGCCACCGUCCCCGUGCCCCGCCUUGGCGCCAGAGGAGGCAUGCAAGGCCGAGUGCGCCACCCGCGGCCAUUGCUGCAACGCGCACCUGCACCAAGGCUCGAACCAGCACCUCUCAUGCCUGCAAGCCUGCAUGGCCAAGCGCGAGCGGCCCUUGCUCUGA